AUGUCGGACGUCGAGAGCAAGUUCUCCAACGCUGAGAAGGCGGAGGUCUUCGUGUCCACCCUUCCUGUUGGCGAUGGGGCGCAUGACACCAGCAAGAUGGCCACGCACCGUGGCCUCAAGUCCAAACAUAUUCAGCUCAUUUCCAUUGGCGGUGUCAUUGGCACUGGCUUGUUCAUCGGUUCCGGUCGCGCGCUCGUCAUGGGUGGUCCUUUAUCAUGUCUUCUUGCAUACAGCAUCUUCUGCGUGAUCGUCUGGUGUGUUGCACAGGCGGCUGGCGAGAUGGCGGCGAAGUAUCCUAUCAACGGUAGCUUCAUCCACUGGGCACAUCGAUUCAUUGAUCCGGCAGCCGGUGUUGCCUGUGGUUGGAACUACGCCUACGCCUGCAUAGCAUUCGCUUGUGCAGAUAUCACUGCCGUCAUUGGUCUUUGGCAGUACUGGUUCCCUGACACUAACCCCGCUAUCUGGGUAUCUUUCUGCCUUGUCAUCUUCUUCUGUCUCAACGCAUUUGCGGUGAAGAUCUAUGGAGAAGCCGAGUUCUACUUCGCGUCCGGCAAAGUCAUCCUCAUCAUCGGCUUCAUUAUCUUCACGUUCAUCGCGAUGCUUGGCGGGAACCCUCACCACGACCGUAUCGGCUUCCGGUACUGGAAAGAGCCGGGACCGAUGGCCGAGUAUCUCGUCGAAGGCAACCUUGGCCGUUUUCUCGGCUUCUGGGGUGUGUUCAACGUCGCAGCUUUCUCCAUCGGUGGUCCCGAGUUCGUCGCCAUGUGUUCAGCCGAAGCUCAAAACCCUCGCGUCGUCAUUCCCAAGGCUGUCCGCCGUGUCUUCUGGCGUCUAGCGGCAUUCUACAUCCUCGGAAUUCUCUGCGUUGGCAUUCUCAUCGCCUACAACGACGCUGACCUCAUCGACGGUAUCGCAAACGGAACGGGCGUCGGCGCCUCGCCGUUCGUCAUCGGCAUGCAGCACCUCGGCAUUAAAGUCUUGCCGGACAUCAUCAACGCUGUCAUCAUCACCUCUGCGACGUCUUGCGGCAACUCCUUUGUCUUCGUUGCUGUCCGCUCUAUCCAUGCCCUCGCACGUCAAGGUCAAGCUCCCAAAUUCCUCGGCUACACGACGAGACGUGGCGUCCCUCUCACGGCACUUCUAUCCGUGCUCGGUAUCUGCUGCCUGUCAUACAUGACUGUAAACAGCGGUGCUGCGGUUGUCUUCGGCUGGUUCCUGAACCUCGCGUCCGUCGCAGCGCUCAUCAACUUCUUCUGGAUGUGUCUCGCAUGGAUCUACUGGGACCGUGGCAUGCGCGCUCAGGGAAUGUCCCGCGCCGAGCUGCCCUUCCGUGGAUACCUCAUGCCCUACGCGCCAUGGGUCGGCUUGAUCUGGUGCAUUCUGCUCACCGUCACCAACGGCUUCGCCGUCUUCAUCAAGAUUGACGGCGACUUUGACAUCCAGGGCUUCUUCACGGCAUACUUCGGCGUUGCCUUCUCGCUCGCCAUCUACGGCUUCUGGAAGAUCUUCAAGCGGUCAGCAGUCCGCAAGCCGCUGGAGAUGGACCUCACGAGCGGUCUCGAGGAGAUCGACGCUGACGAGCAGUGGUGGAAGGAGAACUACGUCCCACCGACUACGCUUUGGGGCAAGUUCGUGGACUGGCUUCUGUAG